AUGUCCAUGGGCCUCGGAUACUUGAUCUCCGGUGUCGGCCAGUUUGUGGCCGGAAUCACCGUGGCCAUGAUUCAUGGACCCAGGCUGACACUGUCUGUCUGUGCCUUUCUGCCCCUCCUAUUUUGUGCGGGCCGGAGCAUGGGCCAGCAGCUCGAACGACAAAUGGGCAGACAGCAGCAGGAUUUUGCCAAGGCAGCCGCUGUGGCGAAGGAGAGCCUGAUGGGCAUUCGCACUGUGGCGGCCUUCGGGGGCGAGCUGCGACAACAGGAGCUUUUCGCGAGCCAGCUGAUGCAAGCCCGGGACGGGGGAAUCCGCGCUGGCGUGAAGAUCGGCUUGUCCUGGGGAGUUCUUAACUUCAUCUUUGCUUCACUCUAUGCAGUCACACUCUAUGUCGGGGGCCACGGCCUUCUGACCGGUGCCACCAACAAGCAGGGUGGAGACGUGGUUACCGUGCUCAUUUCGCUGAUCACGGGCAUGGGCGGCGUGAACUCCUUCAGCGGCUAUCUCCCCACGAUGACCAAGGCCUUGGCUUCCGCGGCUGCACUGAAACUAGGCCGAGGAAAGCUGCCGAAGACUGAAGCCCUUCACACCGCUGCCAUCCUUCUAAAGCAGUGA